CACCCUCGCGUCCAGUCUUCCAGUCUUUCGACCACUGUAUAUAAUACUCUCGUUGCAUCUCCGAGACCCUCUCGAAGACAAUCCCAGGAGACUGUCAAAAUUCGAUUAACCUCAAACGUCACAACUUUAAUAAUUACCUACCUUGGUCGCGUCGGGCAAUAGCGGAACCCCCCAAUUCUCGCGCAAUCUCUUCGCCUCAACCAAAAAUUCUUCCUUCUGAACAAUUUUAAUCUCUCUCUUACACCAUAUAUUCAAAAUGCACGCCACUGCUGCUCUCCGCUCCGCUGCCCGGACUCCUCUGAUUCGCUUCCUUGGCCGUCGCUCUGUGCCUCAAGCUAUUGACCACGCUCCUCGUCCUCACCCCGCCUCUCCUACAGGCGCCCUCCCUGACUCUUUCGCUGCGUACCGUGUUAAGGCCCAGCAGCACGGUCCUCUGAGCCGCGGCUCGUUCGUUGAGGGCUCGAUCGGCCGUAGCUCGGGUUCCGCCUUGGGCCCCAUUCAGCCCAAGCAGGGAGAAUACUUCGACCGUGCUGAGCUUCCUCCUCGAUUCCAGCGUCUUCCAUGGAGCGAGGCUGAGAUUGAAGCCGUCGAGACUGGUGGUGCCAGUCUCUUCGCUUAAGCCCUCAUUUGCGUAUAUGAAUGAGGGAUGAUUCAAUGAAGACGAUCACAACGAUAAAAGUGAGAUGAUUGGGGUACUCGCUUGUUUGGAGGGUCACUGUUGAACGGAGACACGACGCAAGUAGCUCUCCGAUGUCUUCGAUGCGAUGCGAAGAACAUCCGGAUAGCCCGUGGGGCUGGGUUAUUCUCACGUCGUCGUAGACCCUAACAUUAUUAGUCGACAGGGGUUGGGAGCUUUGCACCUGAUGGGUCCAGGAGAAUUUUCAUCGGGGAAGUCUCUGGCCGGCCCUUGCUGCUUUUCUGUGAUAUCAUUUAUUCGUACCAUGGCGCUGGUGGUUGUUCUUCCUUAGCGGUUUUUUGUUUUAUAUGGGCGUGCUAUAUGGGGUGUUAUCGUCUUGAUGUCUGACUGCGGAAUGUUCAGCUUUACAAACAUUCGCGCAUAGAUGGUUUCAUUUGUUCCUAAGACUUCGGUUCUUAAUGGCUUCUUCGGUACCAUACGGGGGCUCAAAGAGGACAAGGUGUUGGAUGGCUCAAUCAAUCACAAAUUCAAUAAAUCCAAAUUUUCGAAAUACCUUCCAUUCAAUAGACUAUGAAAA